AUGAUUGAUGAUGAACGAAUGAUUGAUGAUGAAGAUGAUGAACUAAUGCCUGAUAAACUAAUACUUGAUGACGAACUUAACAAGGCCAUUAAAACUCUUUAUUUACCAAAUAUGAUGGAGAUGAAAGAACUUUUAACUAUUCCUGAAGAAAAUAUAGUUUAUGAGAUUCCUGAUGACAUUUCAGAAUUUGCAGAUAUAUUUAAAAAUGGCCCUACAAAUCAUCCAAAUGAAAUAGAUGAUAGUGCUGAUAUAGAAAUUAUUUGCGAAAAUGCACGCGAAUGA